AUGCCACCAGUAACUUCAGGAAAAGUGCUCGUCACAGGUGCCAAUGGAUACAUCGCUACCUGGGUCAUACAUAAACUCCUGGAACAGGACUACUCUGUGCGCGGCGCCGUGCGAUCCGAAAGCAAAGCCACGCUGCUACGCAAGGCAUUUGCUGCCUAUGGGGACCGCUUCGAGACCACUGUUGUGGAGGACAUCACUAAGGCAGGAGCAUUCGACGAGGCGGUUAAGGGCAUUGACGCGGUCGAACACACAGCAUCCCCCGUCUACAUCGCUACAGACGAUCCAGACGAGGUGAUUGUACCCGCUGUACACGGCACCACGCGUGUACUCGAAUCUGCCCUCGCAUAUGGCUCCAACGUCAAACGCGUUGUCUAUACCUCCGCGUGCGCGACAAUCGUGCAUGUCCAGGAUGCUCCGUAUACCUUCUCUGAAGCAGACUGGAACGAUGCAGUCGUGGCGGAGGUUAAGGAGAAAGGACGUGCUGCAUCGCAACUCGCCAAAUACCGCGCUAGCAAAACACUUGCGGAGAAAGCUGCAUGGGAAUUCGUGGAGAAGAACAAGAGUAAGAUUGGCUGGGACCUCGUCGUCCUCAAUCCCCCUUAUGUGUUCGGCCCUCCGAUCCAUGACGUGGCGCAAUCUCCGGAAGAUCUCAACGCGAGUAUGAGACAGUGGUUUCAGAGUGUGCUGAAGGGUCCAGAGCUGCUCAUAGACGGAGGGAUGUGUUGGACCGACGUUCGUGAUUUGGCGGAGGCUCAUGUGCUUGCCAUACAAAAGCAGGAAGCAGGCGGAGAAAGAAUAAUUGUAUCUGAAGGGCCGUUCAAGUGGCAAGAUUUUGCGAUCGCGGCAAGUAAGCAGGGUAUCAAGGUCUUCGUGAAUGACGAUUCCUAUAACCCAACCAAUGCCACGCAUCACGUCAUAUACGAUACUUCGAAGAUAGCUAGGAUCUUCGGACUGAAGUUCCGAUCUAUCGAGGAAAGUACUGCAGAUAUCAUUGACGACUUGAGGGCGAGGGGCUGGAUCUGA